CAAAGGUAAAUCUGCAGAGGUCGCUCAAAGAGAUUAACUGAAAUGGAGAAACUUUGUCUGGAAGAGAAGGCUGGUGUUAGCGACACGAUGACAUCACUGGAAGAGAACCAAAUCUGCACGACCCCGGGUGAGAAGAGAUUCAGAAAUUCCUCCACAAAGAAACUUCAUCAGCGAAACCACACAGGUGAAAAGCCUUAUAGCUGCGGUCAGUGUGAGAAGAGAUUCAAAGAUUCCUCUGGCUUAAAGCGUCAUCAGCAAAACCACAGUGGUGAAAAGCCUUACAGCUGCGGUCAGUGUGAGAAGAGGUUCAGAGAUUCCUCUUGCUUAAAGAAUCAUCAACGAAUCCACAGUGGUGAAAAGCCUUACAGCUGCAGUCAGUGUGAGAAGAGGUUCAAAGAUUCCUCUGGCCUAAAGCGUCAUCAACGAAUCCACAGUGGUGAAAAGCCUUAUAGCUGCGGUCAGUGUGAGAAGAGGUUCAAAGAUUCCUCUGGCCUAAAGCGUCAUCAACGAAUCCACAGUGGUGAAAAGCCUUACAGCUGCGGUCAGUGUGAGAAGAGGUUCAGAGAUUCCUUUGGCUUAAAGAGUCAUCAACGAAUCCACAGUGGUGAAAAGCCUUACAGCUGCGGUCAGUGUGAGAAGAGGUUCAAAGAUUCCUCUGGCCUAAAGCGUCAUCAACGAAUCCACAGUGGUGAAAAGCCUUAUAGCUGCGGUCAGUGUGAGAAGAGGUUCAAAGAUUCCUCUGGCCUAAAGCGUCAUCAACGAAUCCACAGUGGUGAAAAGCCUUACAGCUGCGGUCAGUGUGAGAAGAGAUUCAAAGAUUCCUCUGGCUUAAAGAGUCAUCAACAAAUCCACAGUGGUGAAAAGCCUUACAGCUGCGGUCAGUGUGAGAAGAGGUUCAGAGAUUCCUUUGGCUUAAAGAGUCAUCAACGAAUCCACAGUGGUGAAAAGCCUUACAGCUGCGGUCAGUGUGAGAAGAGCUUCAAAGAUUCCUCUGGCUUAAAACGUCAUCAGCGAAACCACAGUGGUGAAAAGCCUUACAGCUGCGGUCAGUGUGAGAAGAGGUUCAGAGAUUUCUCUGGCCUAAAGUGUCAUCAGCAAAUCCACACUGGUGAAAAGCCUUACAAAUGCAGUUAGUGUGAGAAGAGGUUCAGAUUUGCUUCCAGACUGAAGGCUCAUCAGCGAAUCCACACAAGAGAAAAAGCCUGAUCCACAUAAAAAACAGAAACAUCUGGAACUGUGAGGAAACGUCUUUCUCUCCUCCUGCCUUCCAUCACUGCGGCGACAACAGUCAAUGAUGUCUGUAACAUUUAUAUCAAUAAUAAUAACAAGCAUGCAAA